GACCAUUCAUAAGAAAUCAGUUAUCAUAGAAAGCUAAAGCAAAGAAACAGUUCACUUACAGGCAAAAGAUGCCAGUGAUUAAUAUUGAAGACUUGACAGAAAAGGACAAAUUGAAGAUGGAAGUUGACCAGCUCAAGAAAGAAGUGACCCUGGAAAGAAUGCUGGUCUCCAAAUGUUGUGAAGAAGUAAGGGAUUAUGUUGAAGAAAGAUCUGGGGAAGAUCCACUAGUAAAGGGCAUCCCAGAGGACAAAAAUCCCUUCAAGGAGCUCAAAGGAGGCUGUGUGAUUUCAUAAGAAAAAAAAAGUUCCUUGGAAUAGCUUGAGUUUUAAUGACAGUACUAAUUUUUGGUCAUCUAUAAUAAUACUAUUAAGCAUGUACAUAACCUUUUAAUUUAUGAAUAUAAACUUUUAAUAAAAAUUGGGAUGUGAUAAUG